AUGGCUUCAACAUAUUCCGCUGCCUAUUUGGCAGAGGACCGCAGGAAACCAGCUUUGAUUGGGAUCACGUUUGUGACGGCUCUUUCGUUUACUGUCGUUAUGGUGCGACUUUACGCACGGAGGUUCUUGAUCCAUGAAUUGGGCUGGGAUGACCUUUUUAUUCUACUUGCCCAGUUGACCAGUUGGGCCACAAUGGGCCUGUGCAUGAUGAUUCUUCGUUAUGGCUCUGGUCGACACUUAGCAGCAUUGGUCAGUCACCCAGAAGAGCUUGUCAAAAUGUAUAAAUGGCUUGUCGCUACGCAGAUGGUGUACAUGUUCAAUUUAUGGCUUUGUCGAGUGUCAGGCCUAGCCUUCUAUGCUCGGCUCAACCCAAUGCCUCGAUUUAUCCUUUACCUCCGACUCUCCUUCGCCUUCGUCACUGCUGUUUAUGUCGCACAGACACUCAUUAUUGCUCUACAGUGUGUGCCUCUUGCCGCACUGUGGGGAGCCGCGGAAGGCAAAUGCAUGGGCUCGGCAAUAACCUUCAUUUCCACGGGCGCUCUUACAAUAGCCUGUGACUCAUUGAUUCUCCUUCUUCCGAUCAAAAUUGUUCUAUCAUUACAAGCAAAGUUGGCAAGAAAGCUCGCGCUAUUGGGUAUUCUCUGCUUUGGAAUCUUUGCCGUUGUAACAUCAGCACUUCGAUUAUACUCAAUGAUUGUGUCAGUCAACCAUGCUGAUGAUGCCACAUGGUUCUUCUCACCUGUCAUUGCUUGGACCUGCGCAGAGGUCAGCGCAGGCAUUAUUGCGCUCUCCCUACCAGCAUUACGAGCCAUAUUCGGAUUUGUUAAGGAACGGCGCUCGACGAAGGACCAGAGCUAUUCCAAUGGCUCAGAGGGAAUCACUCUCGAAUCAGUUCCUCGGACCUUCAAGCCACGAUUAUUUAGAGGAUCCGAUACUUAUGAGAAUACGGUCGAGGUGGAUUGUGCAAGAACUCCCAGCCGAGAAGCGCUAUGGGAUGGAAGAGCUGAUCAGAAGAUUAGAGUCACAGACACUGUUGAUAUAGAUGUUCGAGAGUAG